AUGGAGAACCCCGGUUCCCUUGCGAAAGCAAAAUUGGGUCCAGUUCAAUGGGGUCAAGAUUCUAUGGAUUCGGCUGGUGACCAGUCUCGUCCCGCGCCUCUUCCCCCGCCGUACUGGAAACCCAGCAGAGAAUCAUCCUUUGAUGAAUUGUCUGCCCUCCGUCCACCUCCUAUAACACUCGAAGACCAUACUCUAUCCCGUGAAGCCAGCAGGGCUGGUCUUUGGGCCAAAUCCAUCACCAUCGACGAAUAUGUCAUUGUCCGAGGCAAUCCCCUAGGCGCUGGGGCAUAUGUCGUAUACAACUGCCGUGUCCAGACGCUCGAUGGAGGACCCAUGAUUAUUCGAAAGCGGUAUUCCGAGUUCGAUGAGCUGCGUGCGAAGUUGAUCAAAGCCUUCCCGCAAUCGACCAAGUCGUCACUCCCCCCUCUUCCUCCGAAAAGCGCCGUCUACAAAUUCCGACCUAAAUUUCUCAACAAGAGGCGGGAAGGCUUGGAGUACUUCCUCAACUGCGUUAUGCUCAAUCCAGAAUAUGCAGGAUCUGCACUCGUCAAAGAUUUCAUCUUUCCACCUGAAACAUGA